UUAGUGCAGAUGUGGUUUCUAAUGCCAGAUUUCAGGACACCCUGUGUUCCUUUAAAAGAUCAGUUGGAUCUGGGUAUAUUAAAAUAUGUGUAACAGUAAUCUGUCCAGAUGUAGUAAAAUGUAUGAUUUUGUUUAAAGUUAUCUGCCUGAGUUAAACAAACUGUUCUUCAACUCAGACCCACCACUGGAACUUAUUAUACUACUUCUCAACAUCUACAAUAAUGACUAUUUUAGUCAUCUUUUAAAUAACACUGAGAAAAGAGGAAAUAGAAGAUCAGAUGAUAGCAUACAUGGAAGGAGAAUGAAGGGCUAAUUGUAUGUAUUCAGGGAACCAGAAGCAUCACAAGUGAGAACUGAGGAGCCAUGUGAAUCAUCAGGACUCUAAAUAAUUCCAAGGGAUGACAAUAAAAUCAACAAACGAGAUGCCCCGGCAAUUUGUGAUCUUCACCGUUGUAAGGAUGGGCCAGUAAGAAAUGGCCACAUUGGGCAGAGGCCACCCUCUAUCAACCCUGAAAGACUGAAAGAUUUUGUUGAAGAGGAUUACCUCAAUGGGGAUGUGAAGACCUGGGAAAUGAAGAUAGUCAGCCGUAACGAGGAGUUACUUGGGGAUGCCCUUUCCCUCAUUCCUCAGUCAAGCACCAGGACCAGCCAGUCAAGCCACAACAAGCUGAUUCGAUUUGAAGACAUAAGUGCAGCGGCUUUCAAAAUCCAGAGCGGUGUUCAGAAAACACCCUGCAUGUACUCCAGGCUAUCCAAGCAGUAUGGAGUGGAUAUCUACCUAAAGAAAGAGUUCCUCCAGUACACAGGAUCUGUGAAGGAGCGAGGUGUGCUUUAUCUUCUGACAUCAUUGCCUCAGGAUCAGCAAAGAAAGGGGGUGAUAGUGGCUUCAGACGGUAACUUUUCCAUGGCUGUUGCUUACCACGCCUCAGAGCUUCGUAUCCCAGUGUUUGUCAUUAUGUCAACCAGCACUUCCCCAGCCAGAGUGAAGAUGUGCCGUGAGUAUGGUGCCAUGGUUAUAUCCUAUGGCACUACAGCUAAGGAUUCCCAGAUGCAUGCAAGACGGCUGGCACAGGAGAAUGGUUACCUCUACCUCGAGGAGGAGGACAGUGCUGUCUACCUGUCGGGCCUGGGAACUGUGGGACUGGAGAUGUACGAGCAGGUGCCAAAGCUGGACGCGGUGAUUUUCCCAGCAGGAGGCCACUGUGGCCUGCUGGCAGGGUCGGCUGCUGCACUCAAACACCUCAACCCACAUAUUUCUGUAAUUGGUGUUGAAUCUGAAAGUUUCCCUGUAUUGCAACAAUCCCUAAAGGCUGGCCACCCCGCUGAAGACCAGGCUUGCAGCAAUCAUCACUUUUAUGGAGAUGUGAGUGGACUUUGCUUUGGCAACAAUUCUUUGCAGCUGACUGGGAAACUUGUGGAUAAAGUUGUUGCUGUGAGAGAGGAGGACAUCCUCAUUUCCAUGCUGAGACUGCUGGAGUAUGAGCGAGCCACAGUUGAUGCAGAAGGGGCCAUUGGACUUGCAGCACUGGUUGCUGGGAAGCUGCCUGAGUUGAAGGGUAAAAGAGUGGCAAUUGCUAUAUGCAGUGGAAAUGUGGAGUUACAUUUGCUGCAGCAGUGCAUAGCUCGUGCCCUGACCCUUGAUAACAGAGUGUGCAGAUUUUCUCUUGUGCUUUCUGACUGCCCAGGAGACAUUUCAAAGCUACUGGAGAUUCUGGCUCGGGAAGAAGCAAGAGUUUUGGAUAUCAAGCAAGAACGAAUGUUUGUGACGUCUGAGCUCUUCAGUGUUGAGGUUACCUGCACUGUGGAGACCAGAGACAAAAUGCACACAGCCCAGCUGAGGAACGCACUCCUGGAACGCUACCCAACAGCAACGUGGACAGAGCGGUGAUGAGCAAAGCACAAGGGAAGGGGCUGAGGUCCUUGGACAAGCAUUUUGCAGAGCACUAAUCUUGAGGCAUUCAGAACAAAUAUUAUUUUUCAAGGCUGAGCAGUUAUCAAAUAGUUUCAGGAUAUUUAUUUCCUGCUCAAAAUGUAGCAAACAUCCUUGGAAACAAAGUUGAACUUGAAGCUUUAGCUUAGCUAAGGGAAAUUUCAUAGUCUCUGCCAGUGUUGGAAUUAUCAGCUGUUUCACUGGGUUUUGACUAGUGUGUAGAAUCCAAUGGCAUUCAGUAAAUAAACGGAGAGAAGGCAUAUUUUUUAUAUCUGAAUGUAGGCCCCUCAAAGGGCUUUUGAUUUUGAUGCUCCUAGUUAAUGCAGAUCCUGCUGGAUUUGGCCAUAUUACUAGUAUAGUCAUUUUUCAUUUCCCGGCCAGAAGCAGUUCUUCAUUUGCUGAAUCUGCUUCAUGGGAUAUAUACAUGUGUGUGGGUGAACAUGGUUGCAUUUGCGUAAGAACUUUGCUAUCACAAGGAAAAAUUAUGCUAAUAAAAUGUAAUUUAAAAGAAACCCUUAUCAGAUAAAAGCUAAUACUGUAUUUUUUCCCCAAAGGAAAAAUGACCCUAUUUAUAAAACAAGGUUCCAGAAAAUGUUGCAACAAUUAAAAAGGAAGAAAAAAAAAAAAAGGUUUUCAUGUGCAGAAUAUAAAUGUAAUUCUUGCUCCUGCUUUUGGAGAUGCAAUGUAACAGUGAGCC